GAAUUGUCGGCAAUUGACAAUUGUAGGUUAUGUUUGUAUUUCAGUCACUUUAAAGUGCAAUGUAAUUUGUUGAAAUAAUGUUUGCUCUUAGCGCCAAACGUCUUUUUUAUGCGUGUGACAAUUUUCUAAUUCGAAGUUUUAUAACCGGUACAAAGUUAGAGUAUCCUCGAGGAAACCCUGGUAUAGAGAAUAGGUUAAAAGCAUUUCGACAAGACGGCAUUAAGAUUCGAGAGGAUAAUGUCGAAGAAUACAUUGAGGAGUCGGAAAGCAGCUUUUAUAAUGUGGAUGAUACUUAUGAUCAACAUUUAAAUGAAACACUAAUGGGGAAACAUGAAUUGCGUGGACACAUAGUAAAAGAAAAGUAUUUUAAAGAAAACAUGCCAAAUCUUUUAACUUGGAGUGAAAAGGAACAAAUCAGGCACCUUGCUUCCACACAACCUCAAGAAUGGACACCUCAGAAACUUGCUGAAAGUUUUCCUGUUACAGAAAAUGUUGUAAAGAAAUUACUAAAAUAUCCAUGGAAACCGGCAACAGAACAAAGAAUAGCUCGUCAUGAUGCAUCAGCUAUGAGAAACUGGAAGGAGUUGAAGGAGGGUACAUUAGAUAUACCCGAAAGCUUACGACAACACUUUCUCAAAUUCUCAGAAAGAACUAUACCACCACUUAAUAGAAAGUCUAUUAAAUUAGAUAUUUCUCAGGAAACAAUAGGUGAAUUUGAAGAAAUUGUAAAAAGAGAGAACAAUAAUGAGAAAGCUGCAUCUAAUAAUAUAGAUCAUGAUAGUGGUGAAUCAAAUACAACAAAGAAUGAGAAACCAAAUAUUAAAUCAGAUUUUAGAAGAGUAACUUUGGAUGAAUUAGCAAAUAAAAUAAAAAGUCGCUUAGAUCAGGGACUAAAUGUAGAUGUGCCAGACAGAAUUAUUGCAGAUUCCUUAACAACUUAUGAAAAAUCAGAUAACACACAAGACAAUAGUAAGGAAGUUGAAUUAGUGCAAACAACAAGUAAAGAUAAUCAAUUAACGCAAUUUAAAGAAAAUGAUAAAGAUGUUAUUGGGGUGAAUUAUCCAGAAAGAAUUAGGAUCCCAAAGAAGGCUUUUAAGAAAGGAGCAACUUAUAAAAUGAAUGAUUGUUUUUAUGACGACGAUGGUAGAUUUCUUUAUAGAGUAAUAGGCAUGUCCAAUAAUAAAAAUUAAAAUAUAUUGUAAGUAAACAGUAAUGAAAUAAAACAAUUCAAGUUAAA